AUGGCUAUGGUCUAUGUCCCUAACCCUGGCGUCGGGCCAGCGACCUUGAUGGAUAAGCUACAAUGCCUUACACUUUUGCCUCUUUUACCUUGGACAUGUUUCCAAGUGCUUUUGCGAAGAGCUGUCUGGACAACAAAUGAUCUGAGUUUCAAAGCCGACUUCAUCUGCAACUUCCUUCGCUCAGCACAGCCCUUGCUGCCGAUGAGCAUUCUGAGAGAUACUACAAAGGAUUCCGAGCCCAAGUUCGCGACGUCGCGACGAUUUGCAAACAACAAAACAGAGCUAUACGAAAAAGUAUCUCGAAAGGAGUUUUCCGGCCGCUGGAUCUGUAAAGGCUGCCCCGGAAAAUCUACAACGGCAUCCAAUGUAGACUUGGUUCUCUUUUACAUUCACGGCGGAGCUUAUCAGGUCGGCCACCCAGCCUCUGCUCUCGCACCAUUUCUUCGUGUUGCCGAACUCGCAGAUAAGAAAGGCAUAUCUGUUGCUGUGUUUGCACUCGACUAUUCCUUGACACCAGAAGCACAGUUCCCCACUCAAGUCAGCCAAGCAAAAGCUGCGUACCGCUACCUAUUAGAGGAUCAAAAGAUCGAUGCCGCAAAGAUUGCCCCUAUUGGAGAUUCUGCAGGUGCACAUUUGAUCUUGAGCUUACUUUCGGUUUUGGCGGACGAAAAGUUACUCCCCAAACCUGGAGCUGGUGUUUUUCUGAUUGCUCCGUGGAUUGAUUUGCGUUGUUCUACAGGCGGCUCUUGGACUCGCAACCGAGACAGCGAUUAUCUGCGUCGUGAUAUAAUCAUUCGGGCCGGACUUCAAGUUAUGCCGCAUGAACUCGAUGCUACAGCGCCGCAUAUCAUCAACUUUGCCCUGCCACGACCUGAGAAACAGUCCUGGGCACAAAUCUUGCCUAGCAAAGUGUGGGUGGGUAUAGGAUCUAACGAGGUGUUGUUAGACGAGAACAUUGCUUUCGUCGAUCAUUUGAGGGCUGAUGGAGUAAAUGUUGAUUUUCAAAUUUACCAAGGCAAAGUACACGAUUGGCAGAUUGUUGAGGAUCUCCUGGACGCGGACAAAUAUUUCGCUACGGUCGGUGAAGUACCUCAGGGGAUGAUGCAGGGAGCCGCAAACUUGGCAGAAGUUAUCAUUUCGGCAAUGUCUUGA